AUGAAGUUGACGAUCUUCAUUGCAGUAACAUGCCUGGCAUGCUGUGUUUCCUCCGAUCCUGAACCUGAUGAUUUAAGCAUCCAAGUCAUUCAAAAAGUGGAGACGGGCGGAGGCUGCUGCGGCGGGCAGCACAAGGACGAGGACGAGCACGAGGACGAGGACGAGUGCUCCGCCGGCCCACGAGGACUACGCCUUUGGGUUACUCCUGCUGGCACUCAGGCGGAUGCGAGGGCUGCCUGCCACGCCAAGGGUUACUCCCUCCUGGCCAUCGAGGACCCGUUCCUCUUCGACGACGUCAUUCACACUCUGAGGGAGGAGAUGCCCGGACUCCACGACUACUGGUUGGACGGCUCUGAUGACAAUGGCGACAGGGCUUGGCGGUUCUCUGACGGCUCAGACAUGCCUCUCGGGUCGCCCUUCUGGGACCUGGAGUACUACCGGCCCUCCGGCGGAAUGGAUGCCGGCUGCGUGGCUCUCCAGGGCAGUCGAGAUUACUACUGGCGUGACUUCCCCUGCGGCUAUCUCAAGCCCGGCCUGUGCGUGUGUGGGGAAGCGCCCGAGCCUCCCAUGCCGACAGAAGUCGUCUGUCCAGAGAAUACAACCCUCAUUUUCGAUCGGUGUGUGCUCGUCCUUCCGUACCUCGUGGACGCCUUCCAGGAAGCACAGGAGGGCUGCGCUGCCGGAGGAGGCGACCUGCUCAGACUCAACAACCCGGGAGUCAUGAGGGAGUUCUACUUCUUUGUCGAAGCUGAUGCAGGAAACUGGAGCGAAAUUAUCUUCGUUGAUGGCCAGCUGAACGACGUUGGAGAAUUCCUCUUUGGUGACCAUUCUAAAGUGCCGAUGGGUUCCUUGUACUGGCAGGUCGGGCACCCUAGCGGGGAGGCCGGCCAUCUACACUACUCUACUUCAGUCUACUUGGUGAACGACGUGCCAUGUGGUGGACCUCCUCCUCCUCCUCCUCCUUCUCCUACAACGACCACAACUACCCCUGCUCCGGUGGUGCCUGGGCCCCACGAGCACAGGCCGACGGGGCCCUUCCACGUGGCUUGCGAGAUGCCCCCUCUCUGA